AUGGCGUCGUAUUACAUCCACGCGGGACGAACGAUCGAAGAGGCGCCGAUGCGCGAAGGCUCUCUGUAUCUGUACGAUAAAGAAGGUUGGUACGAUUUCUUCGCCAACUCGACGUCGGUGACGAGCGACGGAUACUGCGACGACUCCACCAUCGGUAUGAAACACGUCGCGGUGAGAGACGCAGGAAGAGAGUCGACGUUUAAGCCAAACAAAAACAACAUGUUUCCUCGACCGAAAAAUUGGAAACCGACGAAGAGUAACACGCACAAAGAACAUUUCAAGGAGUGA